UCUUCUCUCCAUCGUAUAAAAGGCGCCCCAUUUUCUCAAAACCUCGCUUACAUCUUACCAAUCAGUAACCCACGAAAAAGAAAAAAUAAAAAAAAAAUCUCUGAAUCAAACUUCUAAAUCAUCCAACAAUCAAUCUCUUCUCUUGAUAUGGGCAAGAAGAGAAAAUCAAUCGCCACAAGCCUCGAUGAAGUGGAUCAAAGCAUGUACGCGUCGUUUUGCAGCGCGGCGAAUUCACUCUCGCAGCUUUACACACAAGCCAUGAACCACCAGAAACACUCUUUCCAAGCUGGUGAACGCCACGGCCUUGAAAAACUUUAUCAGUGGAUCUGGAGACAAGAAGAAGGAGGAUCAAGAGUGACAACAGUUGAUAUUCUCAAUUACCUUCAGAAUGAGCUAGAUUACAGUGGAAAGGAGCCAUCAAUGUCCCCUAGAGCACAAAAUCGGCAUCAGCAUUCCCAAGCCACACCACAGUUAAUGAGUUCUGGCAUCUCUGUCUCUUCGGGUCCAUCUGGCCAAAGCACCGGGCAGGGAACUCGCUCUGAGCACUGUGAUCAACAAUCCAGAAAUUCAGUUUUCUCUAAUGCCUUAUCUAGCCCCAUUCGUCGGAGCCUUCAGCAUUAUCACAUAGCACAAGGAGGAGGCUUUGGCAGUAUGCCUCCUGCCAUUGGAAGCAGGAACAAUGAUCCCAACUUUCUUCAGCACCAAAACAGGGAUUCAAACAGUUCCAAUGAUUCUUCGAUGGACAUGCAUGCUGACUAAAAUUGCUAUGAGACCAAAUCCAGAAGCAUCUUUCCAUAAAAAGGCUUGGACAGGCUGCUGCAAUUGGGACACUAUUUUCUUCAUCAUUUUUAGCUUAUGGAAUUGAUUACUAUAUACAAGAAUAAACACAUGAUGCUGGUGACUUGUUGAAGCGCGUGAAGAAGAAUUGUGUGUGUUCUCUCAUGAGGUAAAAGGCAAUGUGAUUAACACCAUCGCCUAUUAGUUACUGUUUUCAUUUGAAUCUAGUCGUUUGAGUCUCUUAAGCCAUAUCCUUUUUGUUGAACCGACUCUGCUACUUAUUAACCAGUACUGUUUGUUAUAUUAUCACUGCAUGAUCGCUUCCCUGAA